AUUGAGAUCAAGAUAUGGGAUGAAAUUGCGAAACCCUUGCCAAAAUUGAAAAAAGAUCCUCAUACUCCCAGCCCCGGAAUUAUCUGAAUGAAGACCCAGAAGGCCGACGUACAAUACAUCCUUUUCUAGGAUCAUGCAUCUUUCCUCAUGGCUCCUUUCUGCGGGGAUACUCUCGACGGGUGUGUCCGCAUUCUAUCCUAUCAAACUGCCAAAAUGGGAUGCCCCCGGCCUUCCGAAUUCUGGUCGAAGACGGUUUUAUCCAGUAGUACCCUUCACGAGGAUGCCUCUUCAAGAUGAGAAGAAGCCAUUGACUCUAGAUCUCGUGAAGGUGCCGCGGAAGGUCCGUCGUGAGAAUAAAUACAGUGCUAUAAUGGGAUCAGAUCCCAGAAUGGAAAACAGUGUUGCCGUGAAUCAGGAUGGUCAAGACUACUCUUACUUCUCCGUUGCCAGAUUUGGAUCGGGGGGCCAGGAAAUGUGGUUGCUGCUGGACUCGGGUGCUUCGGAGUCCUGGGUGAUGGGCUCAAACUGCACGGCUGCAGCCUGCUUGCAACACAACAGGUUUGGAAUCGAGCAUUCGAAGACACUAAGUGUCACAGACGAAGAGUGGGAGGUGAGCUACGGCACUGGACAUGUGGAGGGCGUCAUAGUGAGGGACACGUUGUCGAUGGCUGGUUUCCAACUCGAACUCGAUUUCGGCUCCGCACUGAAUGUCUCCCAGGACUUUGCCAACUACCCUAUGGAUGGGAUUCUAGGACUAGGCCCAUCCAAAAUAACCAAGUUGAAGCCAAUUUUGCAGGUCAUUGCGGACCAGAAGCUCUUUAAAAAGAACAUUUUUGGGAUCAGUUUGCAGCGCGCCGCCGACGAUACCAGGGACGGACAGCUGACUUUUGGCGAUAUCGACAAAAGCAAAUUCACCGGGGACAUUACAUAUACGGAUGUCAUCAAGAGUACCAAUCGAUGGGAAAUUCCAGUUAGUGAUGCCAUUGUUGGCGGUAAGCGCGUUAACUUCACCAAAAAGAGCGCCGUCAUCGAUACGGGAACUUCGUUCAUCUUGGUGCCAAUGAAGGAUGCGGAGGCCAUGCAUGCCUUGAUCCCAGGGUCGAACAAAGGUGAUCAGUAUUUCACCAUCCCCUGCGAUACAAACCUCUCCCUAGAAAUUGAAAUUUCCGGCGCGAGAUGGACCGUGUCUCCCAAAGACUAUGUCGGAAGCCGAAAUGGAGAUAGUUGUAACUCGUACAUUCUCCCUCGUCAAGCCCUCGGUCCAGAUCAAUGGCUAUUGGGCGAUACCUUUUUAAAAAACGUUUAUUCCGUGUUCGACUAUGACGAGAGUCGGAUAGGAUUUGCCGCUCGAGAAUAUCCAGGAACUCCUCCUUCCAACAAGUCCACACCCCCCAACGCUGUUUCAAGUGUCAAAAUAGUUUCCGAACCAACGACCUCCCCCGUUCCUCCACGGGAUGCGAAUGCUAAUCCGACUGAAGGUUCGAGUCAACCGAGCGACAAAAACACACCGGAUAAAGAGGGAGCUGCAGCUUUCCUUUCGACUCCCGGUUGGCUUUCGCUUGCUGUUUUCUUCUCGACCGGAUAUUCUUGGUAUCUGUCGAGCUCGGGAAUGUUGUGAUCGCAUUCCACAUUCAUAGAUUUUUUUGUGUAAGCAUCUACACAUCAUAUCUUAGAGCACGAUACAUAUUGUUGUAGAUUCUUGUCUCCUUAUUCCCUGCAUCCAGCUUUUCUCCAAUACCUUUGAUUCCACAUUUUUUUGGAGUUUCUCCUGAACAACAUUUCACACCAAACUCACAGCAUUUCUUUCCUUGCUCCUUGUUUUUUUCUGGUUUGUUUUCCAUCAUGUGCUCCAUCUGGUGGUUCUUUUAUGUUUGCAUUGUUCAUACAAUUCAUUAUGUUCGUGAGGUCAUUUAUACAUCAUUGCAUAGCGUUGGCUUUGGCUCUUCCCCGUGGUUAGUGGUUGAUUUGAUUUUUGAUUUCACAUCUCCUUCCAGAACAGUGUUGUUUUUAGAUUUGCCUUUUAUUGGUUCUUUUGGUCCAUCAAUAUCUUGCUUUCGGCCUGUUGUGAAUCUACAUGGCAGGCUCUGUCUUCUGUGACUAUCUUCUCAUGGUUUAUUUUAUUUUAAAGAGGCACUUUUGAGCAGCAUUUUGAUUGAAUUUGGCGAGAUCUUGUGAUGGUAUGUUUUAGAUAUACAAAUUUUUGGUUUAGAUACAACAACAUCAGCUAAGAUAUUGACAUCUA